UUAGGUGUCCACGAAGUGGAAAGACUGAAACCUGCUGUUGCAGAGGGCACAGAGCAAGUAGCUGACUAGCUCAUCCAGCUACUUACAACGGGGUGGUAAAUUAACUCUUAAACAAAUGUGUUUUAACUGAAAUGUUAAUCAAAUUCCUAAUGAAAUGCCUACAGCAAAUCCAGAGUUUGCAUGAAUUUUCUUCGGCUCACUAAAGACAACAUACGGUUGCUUUAAGAAAUACGACCUGUAACCUGAAACUGCUGAACACCAAGUUAGGGCAUCUUAAGACAUGUUGCCAGUGGUUACAUACAAAGUUGUACUGCCCAGUUUGUCCCAGUUACAUAACAGAUUGGCAGCUCCUCUUCUGCCAGAGUUGGGACGCUACAGUCACUAUUUGGUAUGCAGUCCUGCCUUUCCCCUCCUUGCCUGUGACCGGACUUUAAAAUCAGCUUUAGAGAAAAGUCUACCAGAUCAAUCCAAGGAGCUGAAUACACUUCAAGAGGAACACAGCAAGUAUAUGAAUGCAGCUCGCUCUGAAUUUCAAGGGCUCUAAUUCACAGAAGAACUAGUUUUGCUCAGUACAGAUCCUCUGCCCUACGCUGGAAAUGACAGAGGCCAGCAUCCUCUUCCUCCGUGCCUGCCUCGCGCUGCUUGCCAUGCCCAUCUACCUACUAUCAUUCCUGGGCAUCUGGGAGCCUUUCUGUAAGAAGAUAUUUUUUCCUUUCUUCUUAGAGAAGUUUUCUGCAAUUCACGAAAGGAAAACAAAGAAGCAGAAGCAGGAGCUAUUUCAUAAUCUCCCUGACUUCACGAGGCCCUCAGGAGAGCUAAAGCUGCUGGAGAUCAGGACCGGCUGCAGUGCUAACUUCCAGUUCUACCCACCAGGCUGCAGAGUCACGUGCACUGACACAAACCCCAACUUCCAGCAAGCCCUUUCGAGGAGCGUGAACAAGAACCAGCUUGUCCACUACGAGCGUUUCCUACUAGCUGUGGGAGAAGACCUGCACCAGGUGCCCAGUGGUUCUGCGGAUGCUGUCAUCUGCGCCUUUGUCCUCUGCUCUGUGCGCAGUGUGAAUGGCACCAUGAAGGAAGUACUGCGAGUGCUCAGACCAGGAGGCGCUUUCUGUUUCUUAGAGCACGUGGCCGCUGAUCAUUCCAGCUGGAAGUAUUUUUGGCAGCAGAUCUGCUGUCCGACUUGGAAACUCAUCUUUGAUGGAUGCUGCCUCAUGAGAGAGAUAUGGAAGAAUCUCGAACAGGCCAACUUCUUGGAGCUGAACUUACAACACGUAAACAUAGAGCAGCCCUGGAUGCCCGUAUGGCCUCACAUCAUCGGCUAUGCUGUGAAGUAACUCACACCGCCCUGCCAGGCCUUCUCCCCUGCCCACACUGAAAUUCCUUGACAUAAUCAACACAAACAACGCGGCAUAGACUAAUCCAGACGUCCGAAUCUAGGUAACACAGUGAAGGACUUCAAUUAAGUUUCUGAUUCAAGCACCAAAUAAGAAGAGGGGGUCAGUUUUCUAAACAUCUUCGAAGCCCUUGUGCUGCUGAGUGUGCCUUGCCAGACCCCAAUGCAGCCCACAGAGGAUCCCAGGAGAAGCCUGCAGGAGAACGCAAAACAGCUCAGCAGGCAGGGGGAAAAAAAAAAAAAAAAAAAAAAUGUAUUAACUCAAGAGAACUUCUGCCUACGUCUGGUUAACUCUGGGAAAGGAUUCCUUCAGGUGUUCCCCACGCUGGGAAGCGGCCAGGCAGCCCGGGGUCCCUGAGCCAUGGCAGACCAGCGCUGGCCUCAACCCGCUCCCCUCGCUCCGUCACGGCUGUUCACGUCCCAGCCCCACAGAACGAGCAGCCAGAACAAACCCUUAACACCUAGCUUUUUGACCUUUUUGCUCAGACGCAAGUAUUUAGUCACAAAAGACGGGGGGGGGGGGGGG